AUGGUGUUUUACAUUGACUUUUGGAUGUUAAAACCAACCUUGUACUCUUAUAAAAAUCCCAUUUGCUACCUUCCUGUGUAUGCUGAGGUACAGGAGCCCCAUGUGUACCUGCAAAGCAGCCACGUGGAAGUCACGAACCUCUAUGUGGGCGUGCCCACCAAGGCAACUGUUACACUCAUCAACGGCACACUCCUGCCUACCCGAUUCCACUGGGGCACGCUGCUGGGGCGCCAAGCAAGCGUCUGCACGGCAAGGGCCUCCCCCAGACACGGCACGCUGGGCCCCAGUGAGGAGCGCCACAUCAGCCUGGAGCUGGCUACUCACACCCAGGACGAGCUGAGCGAUCUGGCCCUCCCUUGUACCGUGUCAGGCAUGAAGGAGCCACUGGUUCUGGGCAUUUCUGGGAAACCCCAGGGACUGCAGGUGGCUAUUGCCAUCUCUAUGGAGGGCUCUGACAGCAGUGUUCCCAGCACGGAGCUGUGGCCGGGCCGCCUGGAGGAACUCCGCCUUGACUUCGGCUCCAAGGUGCCUCUGAGGACCCACGUGAGCUGCCCUCUCAUCCUGACCAACCGCUCCCCGAUACAGACACCUUUCACCCUCAAGUUUGAGUACUUCGGGAGUCCCCAGGACAGCCUGAACCAGAAACCCAGUGUCCCCGACAUGCCCCCUGCCCUGCUGAAGACAUCGCGGAUUCGAGAACACUUGGCCAGGCGAGAGCAGCUGAAUUUUAUGGAAAGCAUGUUGUCUCAUGGCAAAGGAGCUGCCUUCUUUCCCCACAUUUCCCAGGGCAUGCUGGGGGCCCACCAGCAGCUAAGCAUCGACAUCUCAGGCUACGCGAACAUGUGGGGCGAGUACUGGGACAACCUCAUCUGCACGGUGGGAGACCUGCCACCAACAGUCAUCCCGGUGCAUAUGGCAGUGGUGGGCUGCCCCAUCAGCUCCCGGAGGACCACCUAUUAUACCACUGACCCGUUGCAGAAGGAACCUGUCAUCAGGUUCGGCACCCAGGUCUCUGGAGGAAACACGGUCACCCGGGUCCUUCGCUUGAAUAACUCCAGCCCCUGUGGUGAGAGGCUCAUGAGAGAAGCCGGGGCUUUCCCGACACACUGUGCCACGUGGCGGGCCAGGCUGGGAGGGACGCUGGGGCUGGGGGAAGCUGACGGCCUGUGACUGGGACCCAGGAGUCCAGGUGGCCCGUGGUUGCCGAGGGAGGCCCCUGAGGGCCAAGAUGGGGAGCGACCCGCUGGUUGGGGGUUGUCAGAGAUAGCUGCUUCCAUGCGUGAGGACAGGACACGCCCUUGCCCGCCGCUGGGGCCCCCCAGUGCCACAGGUGCCCUGCUCUUAUCAGGUUCACUCUGCAUAAGAGCAGACACUGGAGGGGGACACCUUUUCUCAUCCCUUCAGCCAGCUCUACCUGAGCGAUAGCCAGGUGCUGGUACAAGCUGCUGGGGAUCCAGAGGGAACAGGACAGCGGGGUCUCUACCGAGAGGCUCCUGUGCUGAUGGGGGUGCAGCCAUCAGGUUGGGUGCAUUGAGGGGGACUGCUGGAGGAUCGCAUGGGUGGGGCGUCCAGGCUGCAUCCAGGAGGGAGGAUGAACCAGCGGGGCCUGGCGAAGCGCCUGGGAAUGGAGAGUGUCCGGGCCACAGGAAGAGCUUUGGUGGGCUGGAGGUGGACCAGGGUUUCAGGCAUCUCAAGGCUGGGCCACGAGGGGCUGAGCCAGUCUUUAGGGGCAGGGCCCAGGCAGCUCCGACUUGAAGCUCCUUGGUGCCUGUGAGGAAUGUGCAGCGGGGGAGUGCCAGUGCUCCAGGUCCCUGCUCCGUCUGUCCGCGGGGUCUGGCCCGUUAGGAAAGGGGCACUGAAUUCGCUGCUCUAAUCGGCUUUUUCAAGAUCUCCUGGC